CGUCAUAUCCUGUAUCGGAAAAAAAGCUCUCACAGCAUUUGGCCGAGCAUACCGUAUUUAGAUCUCUCUGCGUUUGAGGAAAUGAGCUGCUUCGAAAUCGUGGGACAGAACUAAACGACAUGGCUGGAGUGAAGUUCUAUUCAGUGGUGUUUCUACUGAUGCUGACUUCAAAGAUCAGCUUUCAAGACAUAGUUGAUCACAGAGGAAAAGAGUUUGUGGUUAGUUUCAUGCCGCAGCCCGGACGAUCACCCAUCAACAUGGGUGGAACAAAUAACCUUUACAUCUCCAGCUUUGAGGACGUUCAAGGUCGUGUCCAUGUUCCCGCCCUCCUGCAACAGUCCGACACACUGUUUAACUUGAAAGCUGGAGGAAUUCAAAAAAUUACACUACCCGGAAGUACGCGGACAAUUGGGUCCACUGGGAUCGAGAAAAAGAAAGGUAUACGGAUUACUGCGAAUAAACCCAUGUCAGUGCAAGGACUGUCAAUCUUGAGUAGGACGAGCGAAGGGUUUCUUGGGCUGCCUGUGGACACUCUCGGAAUGUACUACAUUGUUCCGACCUUUUUCGUGGCAAUUAACGCUAUCGUGCAGGUUGUAGCAACGGAAGAUAACACUUUUGUAUCUUUUGAGUUACGGCUUCCAAGGAAUGGUAGAGUUCGUUAUGGUGAGGUGAGGUAUGUAAACGGUGGCCUCAUCAACGAUACUUUGAACGAGUUAGAUGUAUUUCAAGUGCUGGGCGAUUCUGAUCUCAGCGGUACUAUUGUGAGGUCAUCGAAACCAAUCGCUGUGUUUUCUGGUAACGAUUGUGCCAUGGUGCCAAAGAAUCGACAGCCAUGCAAUCACUUAGUGGAACAGAUCCCCCCUGUUAGCAACUGGGGGUUAGAAUUUAUAACUAACCCUACGCCUAACCGUCAGGGGGGAGAUGAAUUUCAUGUCAUAGCAUCAGAGCAAACUACGCUUGUCCAUGUUGACAUGCAGUACAAAACCAUGCUAAACGAAGGAGAUAAAUAUAUCAUUGAAGCACCUUGGAAUAUUUCUUUAGUCAUAUCAACUUCUCAACCAAGUCUUGUUGUACAAUACUCCAAAGGAAGCGACACACUCAAGUUGAGUCCAUCCAUGAGUUUAGUACCCCCCCAAAAAUGGUACUCAAAUGAUUACACAGUUUAUGUUCCUAAAGACGAUACUGGCAACGCUUUUGAUAGUUACCUAAAUGUUGUCAUAGACACCAGAUUUCGAAGUGGUCUUCGUGUAAAAGGCGCGGAUGAUCUCGGCAUCGACUGGAAAAUUAUUUCCGGAGGUUUCUCUAGAGCUUCUCUACACCUCGCCAGUGAUGGUGUGUACCAUGUUUAUUACAAGAAUCCACUGGCUAAUUAUACGUUUUCAGCUGUUCUGUACGGUAUGGCUUCACAAAAAUUAUUUUCCUUUCCAGUCGGCAUGAAAUGGCUACAGCCAUUAGAUUGGGACUGUUUACCAACGAACACAACAGGCGGUGAUAAAAUCGAUAACGACUGCGAUGGCGCCACAGACGAAGAAUUAGCCAAUGGCGUUGACGAUGAUGGUGAUUCUCGCAUCGACGAAGAUCUUGCCACGCCAAAGCCUAACUUUAAAGUACCGAGAGAUUUCGUGACAACGCCUUUGCUGUCGUGUAGCGGGGCAUCAACUGUAGCCAACACGGGAAUUACAGGCGUUGCAACCGGCUCGGCACAAGGCGUCUGUAAAAUACGUGGGGGACAGACAGUCAUCUCCCACAAAGACAGCAUCGUAAGUCCGCGGCAACAAUGCGAGCAUGUGUUUAAGCGCGUGUGGACUAUUGAAGACCCUUGUGAAAAUGUUCUCUCGCUUAGCCAGUUUAUAAAGAUAAGCACACCGCAAGAUCCCGUAAUCGCUUUUCCAGACGACACGGCUUUCACCUGCAGGCGUAAGAAAUAUCUUGUUCCAGAGUUUACUGGAAACGUUCAGGUGACCGCAAGCAAGUGUCCUAGAAACGUGACAGUCACUCACCGCGAUUCAUACAGAGGCGACUGCUCGGACGAGGUGGGGAGACUGGAUCGAGAGUGGACGGUUGAAGACAAGUGUACACAAAGUAGAAAACAAAUACAGGUUAUCCAGCUUUUACCAAAAGACUCCAGAAGGACAACUAACUUCGUAGUGUCAUUCAGGGUAACAAGCGAGAGAUUUUCGGCAGGACUUAAAGACAAGGAAUCCCCGUCCUUCAAAUCUUUGUCGGACGGUUUAGAACUCGAGUUAGAGAAAACAUUCACUCAAUCAAAGUCAAACUUUGGACGAUUCUUUGUAGCAGCUACAACGCUAUCUUUCAGCAAUGGUAGUGUGGUAUCGAGCAUGCUCAUUAAGAUAGACGCGGAGGCUCAAUUCGAUCAGCGGCAGCUGGUUGCCUUCAUAAACACCACCCUGAAAAGUGGCGCUUUGGGAAAAUAUCAAGUGGACCCCAGCUCAGUUCAAUCCACAGACUUUGAUGAAUGCCAAGCUUCUGAUCUCAACGAGUGCCACGAGAAAGCAAAAUGCACCAACACCCUUGGCUCGUAUAAUUGUACCUGUCUUGAUGGAUAUUUUGGUGAUGGUGUACUCUGUCAAGCCCCACCUUCAAUCUACUACGUUGAUCCACCAACCGAAACUGGCACUGAAGAAAACGUGACACUCACAUGUCACGCUAGUGGUCUUCCACUACCAACAUUCAGUUGGAUAACACCCGACGGUCACGCUGUAAACGCGACAGCUCCAUUUGGUGAAAGUGAAGACCUUGAUGAUGGUAGUAAAAGUAGAAGAGGGAAAAUUCUUCAACAAGACGGUUCACUCUUGAUCUUUAACACCCGUGAUGUUGACCAAGGUGUUUACAAAUGUGUGGCAAUCAAUGUCAUGGGACGGGAUGAAAGGAGAGUUAACCUUACCAUCAAAGAAGACCUGGUAGGAGUUGAUGUCGCUAUUACCAUCGAGGACGAAGUGUUUGACAAAGAUUUGGAAAACAAGUCUUCAAUAAGAUACAAGAAAAUAGAAAAGCAACUUGAACAAGAGUUAACUGCGUUGUUCCAAGACAUUGAAGGAUUCGAAAAAGUUGUAAUUCUUGGAUUCUAUAAUGGAAGCGUCAAGGUACGUUUUCGAGUUGUUGUUAAAGUGGAUAAAAGUGAAGACAAAGAACCUGCGGUGAUCGCCAACAAAGUUGGUAAAACGCUCAGAAAUAAAGUGGAAACUGGUCAAAUAGGCAACCUUAAAGUCAAGCCAACCGUUGAGUUAAGAGAGCUUCCCCCACCACCCGUUAAUGUCCAGUCAGCCGAUGUCAAACAAACUGAAGCAGUUGUCACGUGGUCACAUCCUGAAUUUUCCGACAUGUAUGCCAUUAGUAGUUACUCACUGCAAGUAAGAAAGUUUGCAACAAAGAAGUGGUCACAGUUCACCACCACGCGAGGCGAGAACCACAGGCUUACCGACCUAGAUCCUGAUACUGUUUACUUUGUACGACUCAAAUCUGAAAACAAGUAUGGAAAAGGAAAACCCAGUGAUAGUGGAGAGCUGCGAACUGAGAAAGAAAGAAGUGCAGCGGAAUUGGCCUUAGCUAUUGUUCUUCCAUUGCUGGUAUUGAUAAUACUGGCAAUCGUAGCAGUGAUUCUGUACAGAAGAUGGAAAAAGAAAGGAAAAAGGACAGGAUACCUAGCCACUGACGAGGAAGUACCCAUGAAUCCAAUCACCACAGAACCGCAAAAUCAAGUAGAAGCCACGAAUGAUCGAUUCGUGACCUUUGGACGAGAACGUUACGCCCCAAUCCCCGGUGAAACAGCGGACGGCGCCAGAGCAAUGCAAAUUCAAGCCUCGUUUGCCUGGCGCGAAAUACCACGUGACCGCCUUACUCUUGGGAAGAUUCUCGGAGAGGGCGAGUUUGGAAUGGUGGUCAAGGGAGAACUGACUGAAGAUGACGGUCACGUCACACCAUGUGCUGUUAAGAAGCUGAAACGUACUGCUACAGAGAGUGAUUUUAAAGAUUUGCUGAAUGAAUUAGAGAUAAUGACGUCGGUGGGUAAUCACCCUAAUUUGGUCAACCUUAUCGGCGCAUGCUCAACUGAAGGACCGUUGAUGAUCAUCGUGGAAUUUGCCGAACACGGCAACCUCCUACGUCAUCUUCGUGAUCGCCGAAAGCAAAAUUACGAAGACAUGAACGAAUACAGCUUAGACAUAAGUUCCGCGGAGAGAGUGAGGAUAGCUUGCGACGUGGCCGACGGAAUGAAACAUCUUGCUACGAUGAAGUGCGCUCAUAGAGACUUAGCCGCGAGAAAUGUUCUUCUCGGAGAGGGAAUGGUAGCCAAAGUCUCGGAUUUUGGUCUGUCACGUGAUAUCUACACCGACAACGUCUACGAAAAGAAAACCGCGGUAAGAAGAUCAUCUAUAAAUCGCUCUCAUGAUUGAUGCAAUGAUUGAUUAUUAGUUAACUACAUGAAAUUUAAACAGCUCAGUGUAUUAGUCACAAACGUGUACACGUAUUGCCCCGGUUUCCUUUAUUCCAGCAUUUUUGGCGCGAAAGGAAUAACGUGACGUUAAACAUACGAUAUAGAUAGGUCAUAGUUUGCAAAGUGAUUGUGUUACACUCGAGGCGAAAUAAAGAAGCGAGUUGUUCAGUCGACAAGGAGAACGUUGGUUCACUACGAGUGAGUACUUGAUGAGUUUCUGUGUUUUCUUUUACAGGAAUCGCUAAGCUUCAGAGACAUAAUUGUUUGAAUCGGAUAUUAUCAUUUUAUAUGUUCAAACAUUCCAGUGGAACAUGAGGCUGCCUGGCUCCGCUAGCCUCUAUGGUUAUUCCAGGCAGCCAGUGCUCUAAUUUCUAAUUUCUUUUUUUCUGUAAUUAGUACAAGGCAAGAGAGAGUGCAAAUAGAGAUUGUUGUUGUAGCGUGAACGAUGGUGAAAUUUUGAC